AGCCGAUAGCCGAUAGCUAGCUUAGCUGCUUGCAUCAACAUGCCUGUGUCCUCUUCUCCAGCGGCUGUGAUGCCGUAGUUGUCCCGUAAAUGUGUUCGUGAGCCGGCGGUGUUUUCUGGGUGAUUCGGUGAAUCUCGGGAGGAUUUUUCUUCCAUUUCAUUGACCCACAAAAUCACAUUUUUCCACAAAAGAGCUCCGGGGGACCGUUUGCGGAUGUGAAGCGGGCAGCUAACGAUAUCUGGGGGGAGAAGCUAACGAGCGAAAGCGGCAUUUUCCCCGGGUCCCUGUGGAUGCUUCACCGGACACAAAGAUAACACGUGGAGGCCUGAAGGAAGAGAAACCAUGGGGACCUCCUCAGAUCUCUGAUCCCAGGUCUGAUCCCCUCACAGCUGUUCUCCUCUGCCCAGUCCGCUCCUCAUCACGUUGUCCGUCCCAGGACCUUUUCCAUUUGUCCGCUGCCACUGUCUGAGAUGGAUUGGGCCACACCAGCUGCCAAGUUAAAUCCCUACAACAGAGCCCGCAUGUCGGAGGCCUGGCCGCAGCACGCCGUGGCUCCUCCUCCUGUCGUCCACACCCUCCCUCCAGGAGCUGAGAGCGCGCUGGGCUGUGCCGUGUACGGUAUCGUGCUGCAGCCGGAUGCUACGUCGCUACAGCAGCAGACCCAGCAUGGGCAGCACAGCCAGCACAGCCAGCAGCACAGCGGAGGCCCGCAUGGAAGCGGGGCGCACAGUCAGCCGCAGCACGCCGCCCAACAGACCCCCCUGCAAGUAGCUGCAGAGGGAGGACACAAGUGUGCGGCCUGUGGACAUGAUAUCUCCCACCUGGCGAACCCACAUGAGCACCAGUGCAUGGUGAGUCAGGACCGGUCGUUCCAGUGCACCCAGUGCAUGAAGAUCUUCCACCAGGCGACCGACUUGCUCGAGCAUCAGUGUGUUCAGGUGGAGCAGAAGCCGUUUGUGUGUGGGGUGUGUAAGAUGGGAUUCUCUCUACUCACGUCGCUCGCUCAGCACCACACGUCACACAACAGCACCAACCCGAUGAAGUGUUCAAUAUGUGAGAAAACCUACCGGCCCGGUUCUGGCAAUGCCACGCCAACCUCCAACAACCCCCAGCAGCCCAGCAGUGAUGGGGCAUCAGCCAGCAGCAGCACGUCUAUUCUUCCCUUUCCCUCGGCCCGAGACCGACCGUACAAAUGCCCUGUUUGCCAGAAGGGCUUCAAACACAUGUCAGAACUCACACGGCACGAGAGGGUGCACACGGGAGAGAGGCCCUUCAAAUGUGACACCUGUGACAAGGCCUUCAGCCAGUCGUCGCAUCUCCAGCACCAUCAGCGAACACACAGCAACGAUCGCCCAUUCAAGUGUGCCGUCUGUGAAAAGAGUUUCAAACACCGGUCCCAUCUCGUGCGCCACAUGUACGUGCACUCAGGCGAGCACUUGUUCAAAUGCAACUUGUGUGAGCUGCAUUUCAAAGAGUCGUCGGAGCUCCUCCACCACCCCUGCCACCCGCAGGGUUCACGCCCGUUUCGCUGUGCCACGUGUGGCAAAGGCUUCAAGCGACCAUCUGACCUGCGCCAACACGAGCGCACCCACUCUGAGGAGCGUCCUUUCCACUGUGAGGAGUGUCAGAUGAGCUUCAAACAGCAGUACGCACUCGUGCGCCACAGACGCACACACAAGGACCCGACUGACCGGCCGUUCAAAUGCAACCUGUGUGACAAAGGUUUCCUGCAGCCCUCUCACCUCCUCUACCACCAGCACGUUCACGGCAUGGACAACCUUUUCAAGUGCGCCUCGUGCCAGAAGGAGUUCAGCCAGUCAGGAGAGCUGCUCCGACACAAAUGUGGCGAGUCGGCCAACAACUCACCAGACAAGCCGUAUAAGUGUGACGUCUGUGGCAAGGGCUACAAGAAGAGUUCCACGCUGCAGCGUCAUCAAAACUCUCACUGCCAAGAGAAGCCCCUCAAGUGCUCGCUGUGUGACCGCCGCUUCCUGUCCUCUUCCGAUUUCGUCCAGCACCGCUGCGACCCGUCACGGGAAAAGCCGCUCAAGUGCCCGGAAUGUGAGAAACGCUUCAAAUACUCAUCGGACCUGAACCGACACCGGCGAAUACAUACGGGGGAGAAACCGUACAAAUGUGACCACUGCAAUAAGGGCUUCAAACAGCGCGAGCACCUGAUCAAACACCAGAGCACGCACUCCAGAGAGGGGCAGUUCAAGUGUGUCUGGUGUGGAGAGCGUUACAGUGACUUGGGUUCUUUGCAGGAUCACACGGUGCAGCACACGGCUGAAGGAGGCGGUUAUCCUGUGCCCCAGUUAUUAUAAAUCCCCGGAGACCGUUUCCCUCUGAACCGUUUCCUCAACUCCCUCUGGUCUAAAACCUUCAGGCUUUUUAUUCAGCCUAACAUUCAUGAAUCUAUCAGGACAGCUUAGGCGACUUCUAUUGCAUCCAUUCCCGCCAGCUCCACAUCAGAGCUUUGUUGCUCUACUAACCUGCCCCGGGCCCGGCAGUACUCCAGCGCUGUCAUUCCAGAAAGACACGAGGAGCACUUCUUCUUCUUCUCCUUUUUGUUUCUAUAUCCUCCUCUUUUCAACCCCACACAGUUGAUAGCAGCGAGAAAGCCACAACCACUGUAGUCCUGUCCUUCCGUUGUGGACUGAAACAGGUGCCAAAAAAUGUCCUCCAAACAAUAGUCUGUCAAUUUAUUGAAAUGAAUCAAUAGAGAUGCGUCUCCACAUAAACUGAUCAGGCCAGAAAUGACGUUAAAUGCCUGAGUAUUUAUCCUCUUUCCCUCUCCUCGGUUUCCCUCCUGUUCUUUUGCUUCCAGUCUGUCGCUGUUUAGUAUCAAAAUGACUUGACUGCUGUUCGCCUGGUGAAGAAUGACUGAGACUAGUAUUUGGUUUUCAUCUCCCACAGUAAAACAACGACAGUAACUCGUUUGGUCCUGACGUAGCACCCGGCUUCAACGUGACCCCAGUCUAUUUUAACCUUAUUAUUUAUCAAGAGUGGUGUCAUCAACAAAUGUGAAGGAAAACAGUUUGGACUUAGUUAGUGGAGUUAUUGUCCUGUGGUGAAGUAAUUCUAAUGGUAAAAUGUCUGUGAGUGAAUGUGUUGGCCACGAUCUUUCUUUUGGUCAUUUGUGCUUCAACCAAAACACCAGCACCUGGUCCCAGUGCUGUUUGUGAACCAACCUACUCCUAGUUAAUCUGAAAAUAACAAUGAGUAGUUAAACCCCAUAAUGGUUGAUACCAAGCUCACGCUCCACUAGAGACGUUUAUAUAUAGAAAUAUAUAUUUCAAGCUAAUAUGCUCAUCAUAUUUCUGCAGAGGUCAGUGCUGUCAGACUAAUGUGAACUGAAAGUGUCCACACAUGAACUUUACACUUCCUCUCUCAGCCUGUACAUACGUGGACGUGUGGGUGUGUAGCCAGACGAGUUGGAAAAGUUAAAAAACUUUGUCUUUCUUAAAAAGUGUAUUGAUCUGUUUUUGUAUUCUUGCUACUUUUUACCAUGUGAAAUGUUUUUGACAAAUGCUCUCUUGUUGUUUUUGUAGUCCAUGUGGUGAUUGUAUCGGUAUGUUGCUGCAGGGAAUCUCAAAGAGCCCCGCUUGUGUGUGUGUGAGUGUGAAUUUAAAUAGUAUUCCAUCAAACAGGGGAAUUCGGAUUGAAAAUAACUGUUUUAGAAAUGUUUCAGCAGACCUUCGCCUUUGUCUUUGUUUAAGUUUAUUAACCGUACUGGUUGGUCAAAGAGCCUUUUGCGCAGGAUGAAGUUUCAUCUUGUGUUAAAUGUUUUCCAUUGUUCUGCAAAGGAAUAUUAACGAUGUAUUUCUUUCCUGUUACAUGUUGCGUUGAGCUCGACAUUGUGUCUUUAAAGCUUCAGUGUGUGGAAUUUGAGUGACAUCUAGUGGUGAAGUGUCAUAUUGCGGCUGAAUACCCUUCACCUCAUCCUCCUCUUCCAAACAUCAGAGAGAACCUUUGGUAGCUUCUGUUGUCAUAAAAACUCAAAAGCUGAUUUUGUCCCUUCUGGGCUACUGUAAAAAACAAGGUGGCCUCGGUAGCGAGGAUCCGCUCCUGAUGUGAAUAUAAAGUAUUUAAAUUUAAAAGACCCAUUAUAGGGCUAUGGAAACAACAGUUAGUACAAUUUGGAUGAAACACACUAAGAUUAUUUUAUACUUAAUUUCUUCUAAUAGAUCCCUUUCACCUAAAUCUUACACACUGAACCUCUGAGGGUGGAUUUGUCCCGGAGUGAACGAUGCCUUCCUCUUCUUUGAAUGCUACGAGAUUCUCCAGAAGCCUGGAGAUCCAGUUUGUUUACAUGUUGGCAGCGUUCACCAUGGUUCCUUCACUCUGGAUGUCUGGGGUGCUGUCCCCCCCUCCCCCCCUCGCCUUCCUUUCUUGUUCAUGGUUGAUUCUUGGCUCGAGUGCAGUAUUGAAAUGUAUUUGAUACAAACUGAGGAGGCCACAGAGGCUGAAUUGACAUUGUUUUUUAUUCUGGCUUUUAUCAUUUGGAUGUUUUAGCGUUAGCCUAACAGAGGCACCUCGGCCUCCUGUUCUGCUUCCUGCCUCUGUCCAUCGUCACGGUCUUCAUACGAGGUCAAGUGGUUGCUCCUGUCAACCAUCGUGUUUUUAUUUUAUGGAUCUGGCAUUAUAAGACUGAGGGCAACUUUGACUUAAAGUAAAAAAAAGAAAAUAAAUUACUGUAUGUUUUUAAUGGUU